CCGGCCGCGCCGCCAUGGGGGCCGCCGUGUUCUUCGGCUGCGCCGGCAUCGCCUUCGGGCCGGCGCUCGCUCUCGUGCUGCUCACCGUGGCGGCCGAGCCGCUGCGGGUCAUCGUCCUGGUGGCGGGGGCCUUCUUCUGGCUGGUGUCUCUGCUCUUGGCCUCCCUCAUCUGGUUCGUUUCCGUCCAUCUCAGCGACCGGGAGGACGCCAGGCUGCAGUACGGGCUCCUCAUCUUCGGGGCUGCCGUCUCUGUGCUGCUGCAGGAGGCUUUCAGAUUCGCCUACUUCAAGCUGCUGAAGAAGGCAGAUGAAGGGCUGGCCACCAUCAGCGAGGACGGCCGCUCACCCAUCUCCCUCAGGCAGAUGGCAUACGUCUCAGGCCUGUCCUUUGGCAUCAUCAGUGGUGUGUUUUCUGUCAUCAACAUCCUGGCAGACUCCAUCGGGCCGGGCACCGUUGGCAUCCACGGCGACUCGCCCUAUUACUUCAUCACCUCUGCGUUCCUCACCAUGGCCCUGGUCCUGCUCCACACCUUCUGGGGGGUGAUUUUCUUCGAUGCCUGUGAGAAACGUCGCUACUGGUGCCUGGGGCUGGUGGUUGGCAGCCACCUCCUCACCUCGGGGCUGACGUUCCUGAACCCCCGGUACGAGGCCAGUCUGGUGCCCAUCUUCAUCAUCACCCUCUGCACAGGCCUCUGGGCCUUUGUCACUGCCGGUGGCUCCUUCCACAACAUCCUCAAGUGCCUCUCCUGUAAGCAGGAGGAUGACAGCAGAGUGAUGAUGUACUCAGCACUGCAGGUGCCUUUGGAGGACUGAACCGUGGCUGCUGCUGCCUGGACCCUCACCCAGAGGUGACCCCGUGCCCCAGCCCCCUCCUCAGGGGGGUUUUUGGGGUCCAACUGCUCGUGGCUGCGACUUCCAUCAGACUUUUUGGGGUGCUUUUUGUUACCUGACAGGGUCAGCGUGAGGGGGGCUGGAGGGGGGGCUGGGUGCCCUGUGGUGCAGCCAAGAUUUGGGGCAGGACCCCCCUUCCCUUGUAUUUGCCCCCUCCCAAGGGACCCCUGAGACAUGGGGUGACGUUUGGGGGCGGCUGUGCCCCCUCCCCUCAGCCCCUUCCCUGCUGCCCCCUCCUUGUGACUCUGCAGGGGAAGGUGUUAAAUUAUUUUUUGGAUUCAGAGUAAAACCCUUUGACUAGA